AUGAUAUCACCGGAAGAAAUGGCAAUAGCGGACAGGCGGACAGAGCACAAGAUUUUUCAGUUCAUCUGCGUCAUAAAAUGGCUAUCCGAACAGAGCAGUCCUGAACCACGCGCUGUUGACGUGUCGCUGGGAGUCCCCUCACAAUGUCACGUGCGAGGGUCCGGGCUUCACACUGGGGUAACUGGUCGAAAAGCUAGGUUUACAUUCUAUACUACGGAUAUAAAUAAAAUUCGCGAUAUAUCUAUCAACAUCCGGGGACCUCGCCACGAUUUGUAUUGUGAAAAGAUAGUAAACAUGCUAAACGCGUAUUUGCCCAGAGACAGAAAGAAAUUAUUAACAACAGACAAGAAAGACAACUGCACGGCAAAGCAAUUUCCCAGGAUAUUGGCCCCAACAGAACAAGUUCACGGUUACCUUGACGACGGGUUCGGCAAUAUAUUCCUACGCGUGACGAACUGUGACAGACUGGCACAUGGAAACGUGAACAAUAACACAAUAAGUUUUUCGUGUCAGUGCAAUGGUUUAGGAACAUUUUUGUUCGCAUUUGUUCCAAUAUUUGCAGGAAUCCAUACCAUUUCUAUCAAAACUGAGACACAACAUGUUGGUGAAUCGCCAUUUAAGGUCAAAAUUUAUCAACCAUGCGAUCUUAAACAAAGAACUACUGGGGACACAAAGGAGAAGUUAUUCAUUCUUGAUUCAAUGUCAUUCGGAUCUCUAGACGAUCACUCUAACUCUCCUCAACACGAAAACGGAAAUAAAAAUAGCAUCAAGUCACCGAGGAAAUCCGAACGGGGAAGACUUAAAAAGCAGUUCACCAUACGGAAAAAAAGAGUUCUGCGGAAAGUUAUAGCAAGAAAUGGUGAAGAAAUCAGCGUACAUGAUUCUUCACCGUCCGUCCCGUCAUUAUCCCGGGAGACGAGCCUAAACUCAGACUCUGAGGUAACAGAGGACGAGAGAUCUACAGGCGACAACAGCCACAGAAGUAGAAGUUCGUUAAAAACUAUUAGAAGGCGAUCAUCGAUAGGCGAGACAUAUACUGUUCGACAGGCAUACUCAAGUGAAUCAGAGCAAACAGGUUUGGCGAAAUCUGAGAUUACUGACGAAAUCACCCACACAAACAACCCCGGCAUGGAAUCUACGAUAUCAGCAAGAAACCAGGCGAACGAGCGUGAUAUGAAAAAACAGCAGGAAACAACAGGAAGGUAUGAAACUAGUGUCGAUAUGUUGAAUGGUCUUAACUGUACCUCAGACAGAGAAGUACAUCAACGUAUAAGAAGUCAGAAUAGCUUUCUACCAAAGGAAUCACAGAAUCUCAUUAAAGAAAGAAAUUUCUUGUCAAAUUUAGCGCACAGCUCCUCAAAUACAGAGCACAGCUCCUUUAAUACAGAACACAGCUCCUUUAAUACAGAUAAACAAUGUCUCCUGCGGGUAAAUGAAGAGAUAGCAUCACAAAACAACAUCACUAGCAGUAACGAAAGAGAACCAAGCGAGUCUACGUGUAGUGUAAAGAAAUCAUAUUCUUUCAACAAACAGUUACGACAAACAUCAGCAGAUAGUCAAGGUCGGUUUUCUAAUGUAAGUCAGUCAAGUUAUACUACCCCGUCAACGCCUGCUAGUGAAAUGGCGUCAUCAACUAGUGGAGAUGUGACGUCAUGUUUUUCUAAUUUUAGCUUUAAUUGCAGGUUAGACGAAGUCUCAUCGUCGUCCUCUUCAAUAUGUUCCAGAAGGGGAGAUAACCCGAAACACACACAACAACAAAUACACAAUGAGAAUAGCAACUACAUCAUUAGUCCAAAUGCGUCAUGUAAGUCUACUGUCGUGUCAGAUAAUCCGACAUCAGCAGCCGUUUUAUCCCCGGACUUAAAUCUGCUAUCACGUUACAGUGAGGGCGCCGACAACUAUCGAUCUUGUUUCCCUUCAGUAAAAUCUACAGCUGCUUCAUUCCCGUCAGCAUUUUCGAAACCUGACACAGACAAUGGCCAAAUCUUAUAUUGUGCUGACUCAACACGCCAUCGUGAUAUAUUAAAAUAUGAUCACCAACACAGGGAUAAAUUGAAAAAGUCAUCACUUUGUACAAAAGAGGAUAAUUUACAAGAUGUAGACAGACAUAUUGAGCAGGAAUGCUACUUGCAAAGCUGGAUAAAUAACCAAUGGUUACCUGAGAGUGUUAAUAAGGUUCCCGAGCAGACAACAAACACGGUGACAGUUCAGUGUAACAACACAUCUCCGUUACUGUUAACACACCAGGGUAGUGAUUUACAGAAGGAUACAACCAUUGAUAACAGUGAACAGACAGAGAAAGAUCAGUCAAGCAACGAAAAUCCUAUUCCACCAACAAAUAUACUUAGCGGGUCUAGCUCAGACGCCAGUGUUUUGGAUACAUCAAAAACGUUUGAAGACACAAAAUGGCAUAGUUGGAAAUCUGAAGACGCGGUGAGGAGACAAUAUGAUACUGCUAUUGAAAAUCAGCUUCCAGACACCAAGAGAAUGAUGUUUCGAGCAAUUCCAAGUUCCGAGUCGGCAGUCUGCCUUUCGUCUUCAAUGGAUAUUGUUGUCCCGACUCCACAUCAUGAGAAAUGUACCCAAGUAACUGUAAAUGACAUCAUAGAAGCAACUGGAUCAACACUGCGCAUGUCAUGUUUCCGAUUGACUCGUAAACGAAUUUGUAUAAAAUUACAGCCGGAAGAAGAUAUUUCUGAAAUUGUAGAAAGUGGGUUGGAGAAAAAUGUCGAUCUUUCACCUUUACAUAAAGGAUGUUCCGACAGGUUAAAUUCAGAAGUCGGCAUUAUAUCUAAUGACAUAGAGUCGCCAGAAUUGGGAAUCAGACAAGCGAUUCGCCAGUCAACGACAGACACAGUCGACAGUGGAAUAGCAGACGACAGUUUGAAGCCUCUAUCAGCAAUAACUAUGUUGGGAGAUACCAGCCGGACAAUUUUGAGUGGCCACAGAUUGGUGCACAGGCGCCCUUAUCGAGGAAUAAUUCACAUUGACCCGAAAUUGGCCAGGAGUAACAGCACCCCGAAUUCUACUAUAGAUAAUGAAGGGUAUUUUUAUUCAAAUUCUCAGGAGCGUUCCGAAAAGUCAACCUCCAAUGUGUCUGGUCAUCUACAGGAUUGUACAGUUACUCAACGAAAAUACUUACGGCAUUUGAAAAAAGGACAAGCCUUUAGCCUUUCUGACUCUGAAAUACACGUAUCUGGAGUUCUACCUACCCUAUUUAAAUCCAAAAUCAAAACUGCAAACAAGAUUGGUCUGUUUAACCAGUUUAUACAAAAUGAUGAAGAGAAUAGAGAUGAAGCUUGGUUCCAGGAGAAAAAUGAAGUGGAAAAUGAAGGAAGAUAUUUUAGGAAACAGAAAAAUGGAAACGUCGAACUUGGGACAACACGAACACCCAGCAAUGAACAGAUCAAUCACGACGGCACUGGUAACGUUAGUGAUGAAGAGCCUGAACUCACCAAUGACAAUUACGUAAAUAAUGAUGGUGAUUCGAAAGAAUGUUGCCAUACACGAGGUUUGGAUAAGCACAUCAGUGAAUGUUGUUUAGACACAAUUAACACUUCGAAUGAAAACCAUCUCGGCUCGUUUUCAUCACGUGAUGGAGACCUCGAAGUGUCAUAUCAAGGAUUCGGCGUGUCCAAGGAUUCACAAAGAAAAUUCUUACAAACAGUCGGUGUUUUCAAAGAUGAUUUCAUUACAAAGGCAAAUUCAAACCACACCAAACAGCAAAUCACAUUAGCUGGUGAUACCUUCACGAAUACUGUAUUAGGUCAUACUGAUCUGUGGGAAGACGAUGUGUUAGCGAGGACAAACGUUUCGUCUGAAGUUAACAGGAUGCCAGAAUAUCCCUUGGUACAGGAAGGAAUCCGUGAAACAAAAGGACAUAGUACUGAAGAGAAUUACACAGGAUUUGGUAUUAACCUACAAGCUCGAACAGAUUUAUUGCAAAAUCUUCAACAAUUUCAACAUCUAGAGAACGUAGCGGACGAAAUCCAGAAGAAAAAUAUUUCAGUAAAAGGACAGAAAGAUGGAGAAAAUCAAUUAUCCAGUACACCAUGCUAUCACAACGAUAGAGGACAUCACGUGACUCAACAUGGCGGACUACGAAAUGAGAAAAGGGAUAUCAACCAAAAAUUACCUACUCAUUUCAAAUCGUCAAUUGCAUUUGAAGUAAAAACUUCAGUGUUCAAUUGUAUCAGUACCCUGUACAUGCUAUCAUGCUGUCCUACCAUCUCAAUCGAUAUCGAGACAUCAGAAUCGGAUAUGGAAUCAACUUCCGGAAAUGUAAACAACCUAUUUUGUGAUGUAGACAUAUUUGAAUUGCCGGAAGAAAAACUAUGGUUUUUACCAACUAUAGACCAAGAUAGUAUUGAUAAAAAAACUGACAGCUUCUAUCUGGACGGUAGUGGACUAACACUGGGACAGGUUGGCGUUAAAAACAAUUUUCAGAUAUGGACAACCUCUGACGUCACUGGCUGUCCAACCGUCUCCAUUUAUGGACCGCAGCCUCACUGCGUAACUGAGACAUGCGUAGUCUACACUGGGGAUGGACUUUAUGAAGUCAUUUACGAGGUUACACACCCUGGUUCCUACAACAUAAGUGUUAAAUGGCGUGACCUAGAUUUACAAGAAAGCGUCUGUAAAAUCACAUAUUAA